AUGGACCCAUUUAUUUUAACCCGAAAUGCAUUCGGUAUCUGUUAUGACGGGAUUAUCGACAAUAGAUAUGACAAUGAUAUCUCAAACCUCGAGAUAAUAAAGAAAAAAUUGUCAGCAGUAAAGAUUAAUAAUGAACAAACUGAACUAUCACCAUUCUCAUCAACUCAAUACCAACUUUCACCACAAUUUCUAGCUCAUCAAGCUCAAAAUCAAUCAGCACAACCGCGACAAUUUUCCGCCUUUACUUUAGGAACUAAAUGCCAAGUACCUCAAUCACCGUUCUUCUUUUUGCCCUCAUAUGAAUUACAUACAUGUGAUAAUCAACUAUCCGAUAAAUAUCAACGUUCGUUAGUCAAUAUAUCGUCAACUACUUUGGAUAACGUUCCUCAAAAUGAAGAAACAACAAAAAGAAAAAAUUUUGUAACCAAUUUAAAAUACCGUUAUGAUCGUUUUCUGCAUACACUCAAUAAACUCCAACUUUCGUUCGAUGAGAUAUUUAGAGAUUAUAUUUACGACGAAGAAAAACAUGGCAAAGAAAUUUUUCUUAAAAAACAAAUUAGUUCAACAUCUGGGAUAAGUCUAGACAAUGCAAUCACAUUAUCAUCAUUUCAACAAAUGCCAGCACAACAAGAUAGUCCACUAUUUUUAACCAAUAAAAAUACCAAAACAAGUAGUAUGAUGGUUAAAAUAAAUGAAAAGAGAAAAAAAUUAAAAAACAAAAAAGAUCAUGCCAGAAAAAUGCCUAAAAUACGUGUGACUGUAUCAUGUCUUCAACAUAAAAAACAAAAGUAUCCAAAUGUUAAAAUGCGUUAA